GUGUUCUAGCGCCAAGAUUCCAAUAAAAGGCGAGCAGACAGCAGCGCUGCUUCAGUCUCGCGCCGCUUGCCGCUGUGCUGUAUCUUCCAGCUCCUUUAGCUUUUAGCUUUUAGCUUCUUCUUUGUCCGUUUGAACCGAGAGGCCGCGAUGCUGUCCGCGCGCUCCCCGCUCUCCGUGAAGACCGAGCAGGCCCUCAGCAGGCAGCUGGACGACGUGUCGCUGGACAAAGAGAACACGCCUCCGAGCCUGAACAGCAGCCGCAUCCUGGCGUCCAAGACCGCGCGGAGGAUCUUCGACGCUGCUGCGCCCAAAGCCACGAAGAAGAGCAGCAGCUCGCGGGAGGAGGAGGAGCCUCUGCUGAAGGAGAACCCUCGUCGCUUCGUCAUCUUCCCCAUCGAGUACCACGACAUCUGGCAGAUGUACAAGAAGGCGGAGGCGUCCUUCUGGACAGCGGAGGAGGUGGAUCUGUCCAAGGACCUGCAACACUGGGAGACCCUGAAGGACGAAGAGCGCUACUUCAUCUCCCACGUGUUGGCCUUCUUUGCCGCCAGCGAUGGCAUCGUCAACGAGAACCUGGUGGAGCGGUUCACACAGGAAGUGCAGGUGACGGAGGCCCGGUGUUUCUACGGUUUCCAGAUCGCCAUGGAGAACAUCCACUCGGAGAUGUACAGCCUGCUGAUCGACACGUACAUCAAGGACCCCAAAGAGAGAGAGUACCUGUUCAACGCCAUCGAGACCCUGCCGUGCGUGAAGAAGAAGGCCGACUGGGCGCUCAACUGGAUUGGGAACAAGAACGCCACCUACGGAGAGCGUGUGGUGGCUUUCGCCGCCGUGGAGGGGAUCUUCUUCUCUGGCUCCUUUGCCGCCAUCUUCUGGCUGAAGAAGAGGGGCCUGAUGCCGGGCCUGACCUUCUCCAACGAGCUCAUCAGCAGAGACGAGGGUCUGCACUGUGACUUCGCCUGUCUGAUGUUCAAACACCUGCUGAACAAGCCGUCCAAAGAAACCGUCACCAGCAUCAUCAAGAACGCUGUGGAGAUCGAGCAGGAGUUCCUGACCGACGCUCUGCCUGUGAAGCUGAUCGGGAUGAACUGCGACAUGAUGAAGCGCUACAUCGAGUUUGUGGCCGACAGGCUGCUGCUGGAGCUCGGCUUCUCCAAGAUCUACCGGGUGGAGAACCCCUUCGACUUCAUGGAGAACAUCUCUCUGGAGGGAAAGACCAACUUCUUCGAGAAGCGGGUGGGCGAGUACCAGAGGAUGGGCGUCAUGUCUGCGCCCACGGACAACACCUUCAGGCUGGACGCCGACUUCUGAGGCAGGACCGUCCUCAACGUCACACUACCUCUGUCCUGGUGCAUGCUGGGACUGACCCCUGGACUUUUUAAGGUCAAACAAUGAACUAAAUCUUUUACAGACUUCAGCCUGAGCCACAGCAGUGAGUCCAGCUGAGGUUUCGUUGCUGUGUGUAAAUAUUUUCAGGGCUUUUACACGUGUACAGUUUGCUUUAUGAUGUGUGUAGAUUUCUUUUAAAGACUGAGCUUAAUAAAUGACUCGGUGAACAGGAAA